CUGCUUCUGUCCUGGAUAUUGGGGCAUGUCCGAGCCUAUGACAGGAUGACACAUUUGGCGAACCGUUUAGAUGAUGUCGAGUAUUUAAAGUGACUCUUUCCUCUUACACUUAGCAGUUAUAAUAAAAUAUCGACGGAUUAGUAAAUUGUAAAAAAUAGGAUUUAUCUAUUGAGUAGUCAGGGCAUCUGUAUAGCAUGAUGCUUUUGCCUACUAAAAUCUGGAGUCGAAUUGGAUUAGUUUUAGUUGCUGCUGCUUUAUGUAAUAGUCAGCCAUUACUAAAAGAUGAUGAAGAAAUUGUUAACGUCGAGGUUGUAGGAAAAGAAAAGGCAGCUAAUGAUUUAGUAGCGGCAGCUUCGCAUCACGAUCACGAUCACCAUGAUUCUUCUCAUGGUGAAAAAUAUGAGCAUGAGGAUCAUAGUUGGAAAAAACAUCAUAGUGAACACGAAAAACACGAUGAAGGACAUAAGCAUCAUGACGGUGAACAUGGUGAUUGGGGAAAACAUCACGAUCACCACGAGCACGAUGAAGGCCAUCAUCACGAUGAUGAACAUGGUAAACAUCAUAAAGGUCAUCAUCACCAUGAUCACGAUCAUGAUGGUGAGGAGCACCAUGAAGAACACCACGGACAUGGCCAUCACCACCAUAAACACGGAAAGCAUCAUCAUCACGACCGUGGGCAUAAAAAUCACGGAUUUCAUAAAGUGUAUCACAAAGAAGAGCAAGGAGAUCAUGACUCCUACCAUGAUAAUCAUCAUGAGGGCGACCAUCAUGAUAAUCAUCAUGAAGAUCAUCACCACCAUAAGCAUCACGGAGCUAAGCAUCACGAUCAUCAUCAUGGAGAAGAACAUCACCACGAUAAAGAACACGGCCAUCAUCAUCACGAUCAUGUUAAAGGACACCAUCAUCAUGAUCAUGGACACAAACACAAGAAAGGAGGUCACCAUCAUCAUGAAAGCCAUGAUCAUGGUCAUAAGGGACAUCAUAACGACCACGAAGAGCACGAACACGGUGGACAUGGCGAAAAACAUUAUGAAAAACAUGGCCACAAGGAUAAACAUCAUCAUCAUCAUUAA